GAGGCCCAGGCCGGGGCGGGAGCGCACGUGGCCUAUUUCGGGCGGAGCAGAGGCACUGGGCGCAGCGGAGACCUCCAAGCCGGCCCCAGGAGACGGGCCGCGAGGGACACCAAGAUGCCUGGCGAACAGCAGGCAGAGGAAGAGGAGGAGGAAGAGAUGCAGGAGGAGAUGGUGCUGCUGGUGAAGGGUGAGGAGGAUGAGGGUGAGGAGAAGUAUGAGGUGGUGAAACUCAAGAUCCCCAUGGACAACAAGGAGGUCCCGGGCGAGGCGCCCGCGCCGUCCGCCGACCCGGCGCGUCCCCACGCGUGCCCCGACUGCGGCCGCGCCUUCGCGCGCCGCUCCACGCUGGCCAAGCACGCGCGCACGCACACGGGCGAACGGCCCUUCGCGUGCACCGAGUGCGGGCGGCGCUUCUCGCAGAAGUCGGCGCUGACCAAACACGGCCGCACGCACACAGGCGAGCGGCCCUACGAGUGCCCCGAGUGCGACAAGCGCUUCUCGGCCGCCUCGAACCUGCGGCAGCACCGGCGGCGGCACACGGGCGAGAAGCCGUACGCAUGCGCGCACUGCGGCCGCCGCUUCGCGCAGAGCUCCAACUACGCACAGCACCUGCGCGUGCACACGGGCGAGAAGCCGUACGCGUGCCCGGACUGCGGACGCGCUUUUGGCGGCAGCUCGUGCCUGGCGCGCCACCGACGCACGCACACGGGCGAGCGGCCCUACGCUUGCGCCGACUGCGGCACGCGCUUCGCUCAGAGCUCGGCGCUGGCCAAGCACCGGCGCGUGCACACGGGCGAGAAGCCGCACCGCUGCGCUGUGUGUGGCCGUCGCUUCGGCCACCGCUCCAACCUGGCGGAGCACGCGCGCACGCACACAGGCGAACGGCCCUACCCCUGCGCCGAGUGCGGCCGCCGCUUCCGCCUAAGCUCGCACUUCAUCCGCCACCGACGCGCGCACAUGCGGCGCCGCCUGUAUAUCUGCGCCGGCUGCGGCAGGGACUUCAAGCUGCCCCCUGGCGCCACGGCCGCCACUGCCACCGAGCGCUGCCCGGAGUGCGAGGGCAGCUGAGUCCCGCAGGGCUGCGGAGGGGCGCGCUGGGGCUUCGACCUGGCUGCACUAACCCAGGCUCCUCCUGCGCCCCGGCCUCCGGGUCUGGGAAAUUGAGGGGACGGCAGGCCCGGCUGCCCUGGAACUGGGAGACAGGGAGAAUCCCCUGCCGGGGUCCCUGGAAACAGUGCCCACCCCACAUCACUACAUUCCCUCGGCCCGUGUUAGUGAAUAAAGUAUUAUAUCCUCA